GUUUAUUUUUCUUUCUUUUUUUCGUAAGUCAAUCUCGUUAAACGCGUAAAUCUGUGAAAUUUGUUAAUCUUUUUUUAUCCUCCCGAUUUCAUAGCACCAAAAGAAAAACGUACAUAAAUAUUUCAACCAUUGAAUCAGCUUGCACCCGCAUUCAAUACUGAACUUUUCCUCUUUCUCAGUUUUGCUAAACAGUUUCCUGGUGGUUUAUUUUCUUCAAAAAUAAAGUCAUAAACAAUAGCAGUUUUGAGCUUGGAACUACGCAGUUGAAAGUGAUCGUAAAUAUUACAAUAUACCGACAAGAUCUCUUGACUAUAUUAAUUGCAGAAUUUAGAAGAUGGUCCAGGUUCUACCUAUGAAUUACAACAACGAACAACAUUAUAAAGCUGCCAACCCUAACUACGUUAAUGAUUAUCAACAACAUCCUACGCCCCCACCUCCACCCCACUAUGGUCUUCCCCCACCUCAUUUGCAACCACCGCAACAAGCACCCCCUCCCCGCCAUCAGCAACAACAACAGCAAAUGCCUAUACCCUUGCCUGUACCUAUGAUGAACCAUAUGAUGCCACCUCAUCACCAGCAUCAUCACGCAGCAGCUCCUCCUCAUCAUCCGCAUCAUGCUCCACCACCUCAACCACCCAAUUUUUUUCAUCCUGCUGCUGUAGCUGUAGCUGCUAGCGGUGGUCCUCCGCCUCCACCUCACACAGGACCUCCAGCUCAUGCUCCACCACACCAUCAGCCUAUGUACCCUGCUGAUCAACCUGGAGGUCAAUAUAUCGAUUAUGGAGCUGCUGCCGCUGCCGCUGCUGGGUAUCCGAUGGGCUUUAUAUCGCCUGGCUAUUACUCUGAUAUUACCGUUUAUGUACCGACGUUGCAAAAGCAUUACGCGCUCAACACAACCAUUCUCUCACGUUCACCUGUCCUUUAUCAGCGUAUGAUGGAAGAACAAUCCAACACUAUGGAACUUGACCUUUAUGUUUUACCAGAGACUUUCCAUACAAUUAUUGGUCAUCUCAACCGCCCACUUUCACCUCAGGAGAUUAUGUUUUUAGCAACAGAAAAACCUCAAAUUGCGAUUGAAUUGUUGGAAGCGGCUGAGGAAUUGGGAUUGGAUCCUCUUUUGGAUGCUUUAAUGUUGGCUUUAAGCCAAAACCUCAACCACCGAAAAACAGCUAUGACUUAUAUUCAAGCAAUGGAACCUUAUCAACCUCUUGAGGAAGAAGAGCCGCGUCGUUGGGUUGGCUUAUUAGAAGAGGAUAUUAUCAUAUUCAUGGUGAAACGUUUAUCUUCUCAAUUGGAAGCGUUUUCUACCUCAGUAAAGGUCAGUGGAAAUGUCAUGAUUGGCAGCGUAAAUGCGUGUGGCUACAUGCCGUCGCGCACACCUCCUAUGCGUGGAUUCAAUGAUUUGGCUAGAGCAUUUGCGGCUUUACCUCAUCAUUUGAUGGUACGUUGUUUGGAGCAUCCUCUUUUGCCUGUUCAAGACGCGAUUCAAAGAUCUUCUUUUGCCAAAAGAGUAUUGGCGAUGUGGAAGAGCAAUAAUGAAUUCCAUCAGCGACAAGGUCAGCCUGAAUUUUUGGUAGUAAUGAAAUUUGAUAAGGGCGUGGAUUCUAUUGCAGUUGUUAAAGAAACCCCGUUAAAGAAAGGACGUUGGAACCCACAACUGUAUGAAGUAUAUAGUAAAAAAUAACAAUAGCGAUUUCAACUAUAGUCUCGUGAAGAUUCAUCAUACUUCAAUGAACCUUUAUACACACGAAAGUAACUAUCUAUACGGCUACAAAACGAUAAAUACUCUUGGAAAGAAAACGAAGAAAAAAAGACGAAAAAACAAAAAAAAAGCCCCCACCAAAAAUAUAACUUGAACCUGAUCUGGAUGUAUAUCUUUGAAAUGGAUGCAUACUACCAAACGACAGUAUAAAAUAUGCCAUGUGAAUCGUAUACAUUGUAAUAUAACUCACCAUAGUCACGAAAACAUACUAGACAAAAAUGGAUAUACAUAUUUCUUUCAGGGAAAUAUCCUCUUUCGAACCUCUUUCAUUUCUACUUUCAUGUAAAAACCCUGUAAAUCUGAUAAUCUUAAUUCAAAUAAACCUUUACACACAAUUUCUCAU